UGGGCGCAGCGGAGGACUUUCCUAUAAAAGCUGGGAUCCCACGGUCAGACGAGCUCGUCUCUCAGUCAUCACAGACCGGAGCCGCGGAUCCCCUGCGACCAUCUGCGUUAUUUCUCCCGUCACAGUUUGGACAACCCUCUCAGCCAAAGGAAAUCCUAGUCUAUGGUUCUGACCGAAGCUUCAACAAGGAUGUCCCGGACCGACGAGGUGCACCGUAUAACGGAGAAUGUCUACAAGUCCAUCAUGGAGCAGUUCAACCCCUGCUUACGGAACUUCAUAGCCAUGGGAAAGAGCUACGAGAAGGCACUCACCAGUGUCACAUAUGCUGCAAAGGGCUACUUCGACGCUCUGGUGCGGAUGGGCGAGAUGGCCAGCGAAAGUCAAGGCUCUAAGGAUCUUGGGGAUGUGCUCUUCCAGAUGGCUGAAGUGCACAGACAGAUCCAGAUCCAGCUUGAAGAGAUGCUGAAGUCUUUCCACAACGAGCUGCUCACAGAACUGGAGAAGAAGGUUGAGUUGGAUGCACGCUACCUGAACGCUGCGCUGAAGAAAUACCAGAUGGAGCACAAGAGCAAAGGGGAGAGUUUGGAGAAGUGCCAAGCAGAGCUGAAGAAACUGCGCAGGAAGAGCCAGGGCAGCAAGCACCCCUCCAAAUAUGGAGACAAGGAGAUGCAGUAUGUAGAGGCCAUCAGCAAUAAGCAGGGCGAGCUGGAUUCCUACAUCGCUGAGGGCUACAAGAACGCUCUGUCCGAGGAGAGGAGGAGGUACUGCUUCCUGGUGGACCGGCAGUGUGCCGUAGCCAAGAGCAGCGGUGCCUAUCAUGGCAAGGGGAAUGACCUUUUGUCACAGAAGAUCCCAGUGUGGCAGCAGGCCUGUGCCGAGCCCAACAAACUGCCAGAUCGCGCAAUGUUCCUGGCCCAGCAGAUGAGCGGUACAGUGGGCAUCAUGGCUUCCGGUGCUCAUCAUCCAGGCAUGCCCAUCUCAGAGCCCAUCCCUGGUGCAAAACCCCUGCCGGUGCCUCCAGAAUUAGCAGCCCUGAGGGCCAGUGGGGCCAUGGGACAGCAGAGGCUGAUGGGAGGGGUAGAAGGAGGGAUGCCAAUGAUGAACGGCACUGGCGGUGCUCACGGAGGAGACGACUACCAGCAGUGGAUGGAGGGCAAGAUGGCCCAAGGCAAGGCCUCACCACAGACCCAGCGCCACGGAGGGGAGGUGUACUCAAACACCCUGCCUGUGCGCAAGGUCGCCCCGGCCAAGAGCAAGACCACCCUGACGGAGACCCGUACACUGCCCCGGUCCAGCUCCAUGGCAGCGGGGCUGGAGAGAAACGGGAGAACUCGAGUCCAGGCCAUCUUUUCCCAUGCAGCAGGUGACAACUCCACGCUGCUCAGCUUCUCCGAGAACGAUGUGAUAACCCUGCUGGUCCCAGAGGCUCGUGAUGGGUGGCACUAUGGAGAGAAUGAGAAGACGAGGAUGCGCGGCUGGUUUCCCUUCUCCUACACCCGGGUGAUCUCUGACAGUGACGGCAACUCCAUGAGGCAACUUCGAGUACACAACCUCCAUGGGAAGAGUAGCAGCACGGGCAACCUUCUAGAGAGAGAAGACAUGCCUCUCUCUGUCCCCGAUUACGGCAUCCACUCCCGUAUGGCGGCACAGAGCGCUGCUGCGCUGCAUGGCAGACAACAACGCCCCUACAGCGUGGCGGUGCCAGGCUUCCCACAGCAAGGAGCUGAAGAAUACGAGCCCCGCUUCCCCACAAGUUAUGAUCCACCCAACGAGCCAGCCGUGGAGGCCCCACCCAUUCCGCCCCUGUCUGAUGAGGAUGAAGUUGAGGACGACCAGCUUGAUGAAGCUCAAUAUGACUCCUUGAAAAAGGCGUCAACUCCCCCUGGGGAACGAGUGAGGUCUCCCUCAGUUUAAACCAGCUGUAGGUGGAUCCCCUCAGAUGUAAAGCACGGAUUCAACCACAGUAUUACAAUAGUGCUACUAUAUAAAAAGAAUUAAAUAUGACCAGCAAAUCAACUAAAUCACAAUAAUUCACAUUUACAGUAGUCUCUGCUAGUUGAAAGAUAAUAUAAUUUAAAUAACAGCUAGAAUUAAUUUAUAUUUCAUCUUCUUGCAUGGAAAGCACAUUGAAAGCCAGAAUUUAAAAAUCAGACUUUGCUCUUGAUUGAGUUGUAUUUCUGCAAAGGCAUAUGCUCAAAUGUUUGUGUAAUACUGAAGGAUUAUAGUGGACUUGUGUUAUGCUUUUCACUGUCAGAAACAUACAAGGAGCAUGUGGUGGGGAAAUAAGAAGAAGAAGAAUAGAUGUUGGCCUGCGUGGCUCAAUUGGAUUCUUGGUUUCUUUUUUUUUUUUUUAGUCAGAAGUCGCUUGACGACAUCUCUGUGCUUUUUAAAACACAGCUUCCUCCCCCUGCCUUGUCAACAAAAGGGCUUUAAUGUUGGUAAGCUAUACAUCUCAUCAGGUGUUUCACCAUUUAGCCUCACCUGUUAAUACUGCCUUCUCACUGGACAAGCAUACCAACUUGUGUUGGUGCUGCGUCGAAGACUGUUGCAAACGCAUCAAAACAGAAAGUCUUAUUUGAAUGAACCAAGAUGGAUAAUCUAAAGAAUGAUAAGUCAGAUGUUUCAGAUGAAGAUGGAGAGAGAAAAAUGUACUGAAACACCAGAGGAAAAAAAUAGACUAGCCAGAAAAAUCAACCGUAUCUGUGGAAUAAAUUUGUGCUGAGUGAUAGCAUCUUAACUGAUAAGCACACUACUCAUAGUACUGUAACUUCAACUAAUUGUAUAUUCACAGGAAAUCCUAUAUUCUGUAAUAUUAGUUAUAAGCAGCACUGCGGGUGUACCUACAGUAGUAAUCUACUGGUUCUUCUGAUAUUCUUUGAUUUUAUGUUUGAUUAAAAUUGUGUACAAGCAACUUGUAAGAUCUUCUUAACGCAACAUUUUCAACAGAAAUAUUCAGAAAAAAUACGAAAACUUUGAUUGCAUAUUGUCUUUUGUCAUGUUUAAGUUAACUGGAGACUUUGAUGUAGAGAAAUAAUAAAUCAGGGAUACACUGAUACAGAUUAUUAUUUAGACUGAGCUGAUAUUGGCCUUUUUGUGCAAAAAUGUGGGGUGUGUUCAAAUGACCUCUAGUGGUACCUCGUCAUGCAGAUAGUUUAGAUUUAAUUUGUCUAUGUUUUGAGUUACAAAUGUGUUUCUGCCUCCACCCUAACACAAAAGAGAUGAAUGGUGUUUAAUAUGUGAACACAAUAAAUAGACAAAAAAAAACAGUGUCUUCCCAGAAACAGUGUCCUGGUUCCUGUGUCUAAUCAACAGUUUUCUACUGUCUUCUGAAGAAACAGUCCCUAUUAAAACUGUUGGUGGUAGAUAAUCCACUGUUGCAGGGGCACUGUUUCUGUGUAGAGAUGUUGCCAUUGAAUUUAUAUAUGGAAUGUUUCAAUGAGCACCAAAAAUGAAAAAACAUUGUUCUUAUUUAUGUUUGGGUGGAGACGGGAGUCUUUGAGGUGUACUAUAUCUUGGACCUGGAGAACAUCUGGAUUGCUGUGGGGUAUAUUUUUUUUUUUUUUAAUUAUUAUAAUUUGAGUGAACUUGCUGUUCAAUUUUGCGCCCUGUUAAUCUGAUGGAGGUCAGGAUAUGUAGGAGUUGCUAAAUUUACUGAUGAAUUUCAUCAGUGUAACCUUUUAGUAAAAAGACGAGAUGAAUUCCCCUUCACAAGUCACAAAAUUAAGACUGAUGUUUGAGAGGUUGAAAGCUACUUAUUUAUUUUUUUUAAUGAACACUGAUUUUAAAACCGCUUUGAACAUGUGAAAGCAAGAUUUCAAUGUUGGAAAUAUGUGCUUCAUAUUUAUAACAUUAGCAGUGUAAUGCUUUCAAUGUUACAAAAUGGCUGACGAACUUUCUCUUUAAAGUUUCGCAAAUUGUUUUGCAGAAAAGACAGAACAUGGUUGCAGUGAAAUGUGCCUUUUCUAUAUGUGAAAGGAAAUUCAACUCAUAAUUAUUUUCUCAUAUACAGUAAGUAUUAGGGACAGAAUAUUUUUAAAGAACAGAAUCUUGUAUUUAGGAAAUCAUUACUGUACCGACCUCUGAGUUGAAAGUCUGUUAAUAUUUUAUACUUUAGAGUUCACCCAACUGUAAAAUCUCAUUCUAUUACUGUACAUUGUGUGUUGAGGUACCACAAGAGCAUGGAGCAACGACGAGCUGGCAGUGCAAGUGGAGUUUUGAUCCUGGGUGUAGUUAUUCUGCUGCUGUAGUUCAUCAGCAGCGUAAAUCCAAAAAUGGUAAUCAAACUGAUAAAACAGUGUCUGUGUAACUCUGUUGUAAUACAGGAAGACUAAUACAAUACAAACACGAUGACUGACAGUCAAACCUGUAUCAUUAUGUGAUUUGAUUGCAAACUGUCUGUUUUUCAAUUUAAUUUUAAAAAUAAACAAUCAAGUAAUUACC